AUGUCGAUGGAGACGCCGUCGCAGGAGGCGCUGCUGCUCAUCGCGGACUACCUCGAGCGGUGCACGCCCUGCGCGGGCGCCGCGGCCGCGCUCCGCGAAGACGUCGCCGCCCACGAGCUCCUCGGGCGGGAGACGCGCGCGGACGGGAGCGAGGUGCCCGUGAGCGUCGCGUCGCGCCUGCGGGACUUCCCCCUGGGCCUUAAGGAGGGUUUGCUCGAGGAGCGGCUCGUGACCGGGCUCGCGGCCGAGGCGAAGCCCGCCGAGCGCGAGGCGCCGGACGAGAGCGGCGGCCGCGCGCUGGGCGACGGCACCGUCGUCUUCUCGGCGCCGCCGCCGCGGAGUUUGUUGUUCGAACCGAACCGCGCGGAGGCCGAGGCGAAGCGCCAGGCGGACAUCCUGGACGCGCGCGACCGGCUCAUCCGAGACUGCCGCGCGCUCCGGGACGUCAACGCGCGCCUCCGGGCCCUGGACCUCGAGGAAGAGGAGGAGGCGGACGCGGCGCCGGCGACGCCCCGGCCGACCAACGCCAUGGACGUCGAGCCGCCGACGCACGCGCUCCUCGGCGCCGGCGGCGCGGACGCGGCCGGGUCGCCGCGCGUCGCGCGGGAGAAGCGCGAGGAGCUGCUGCGCCGCGAGGCGGAGCGGAACGCGCUGCUCGCGAAGAAGGCGGACCUCGCCGAGCUCGUCGAACGGGACAAGGCCGCGGCGCGGGACCCGCACCCGCGGAGCUCGAGCGCGUUCUUUCCCGUUCCGGGCCAGCCGCUCCCGGCGUUCCCGCCGCGGCGGCCGCCGCCCGCGGGCUCGGCGAACUGGCGGCGAUUAUUGGGCCUCAACGAGGAGAGCCCCGCGCGCGAGCAGCGCCUCGGCCGCCGCGCGUCGCUGAGCGGGCACCAGAACUUUGCGGUGUACUCCGUCGCGUUCGACGCGUCCGGCGAUUUCGUCGUCACGGGCGCGGACGACUACCUCGCCAAGGUCUGGCACGCGCCGUCGGCGACGCUCUGCCACACGCUGCGGGGCCACAAGGGCGUGAUCUCCGACGUGGCCGUGAGCCCCUGCAACCUGUUGGUGGCGUCGGCGUCGGACGACGGCACGCUCCACCGGUUCAGGGACGGCGCGCCCGUCGCGGUGCUCACGCUCACGGGCGACUGCGGGACGCCCGCGGCGCCGCUGCCGCCCGUCGAGGCCAUCGCCUUCGACGACGCCACGGGGCGGCUCCUGGCGACGGGGCAGAAGCACUGUGACGCGCGCGCGUGGGACGCCGCCGCGCUGCUCCAGGGCUGCGAGGACCGCGCGUGGACGGCGGACGGCGGCGCCUGGGACGCGCUGGUCGUCGGCGCCGUGCUCCCCCACGCGCCGCGGACGCGGCUCCGGGGCCUCGGCGCGCGCGGCGGCCUCGCGGCGACGGGCGGCGACGACGGCCGGCUCGCCUGCGCCGCGGCGCGCCGCCGCCGGGCCGACGACGGCGGCGACGCCCGGGCGGCCGCGCGCGACGCGGACCGCGCGGACCGCGCGCUCGCGGCCGCGCGCGACGCGUGCGCCGGCGCCUACGCGCUCGCGGAGCUCCCGCGGCGGCACGGCGCCGCGGCGACGGACCUCGCCUUCUCCAAGGCCGGCGACCGCCUGCUGAGCGCGUCCGUCAAGGCCUGCGCCGCGACGGUCUGGUCGUGGCGCGACGUCGCGAGGACCGACGGCGGCCGGUCCGUCGACGCGUGCGGCGUCGACCUAAACGUGCGGUCCGGGGACGAGGCGCCGCGCGAGCUGAGCGCGGCCUGCUGGACCUGCGACGACGCGCUCAUCGUGCUGUCGUCCUGGGCGGAGGCCGCCAAGUCGCAGCGCGUCCACGUCUUCGCCGCGUACGACGGCGCGGCUCUGCGGACCUUCGAGGCCCACGGCGACCAGUGCUUCGCGCUGGCGCCCCACCCGCUCGACGGGCGGCUCGUGCUGAGCGGCGGCCACGACGGCCGCGUCCGGGCCUGGGCCCUGGACGGCGACGCGACGCGGCCGCUGUCGCGCGACUUCUCGGCGAGCCUCCUCGACGGCGCGGCGCCCGCGUUCCUCAGCCGCCACGUCGCCGGGUCCGACGAGCUCCCGGCGGAGCGCGCCGUGUCGAGUGCCCUGGACCGGCUCCGCAACGAGUCGGCGCCGACGCCGCGCGACCGCGCGGCCGCGAACGCCGCGUCGCCCGCCGACGGCGACGACGGCGACGUCGUCGAGUCGUCGGCGCAGGCGCGGCGGCGCCGGGACCGCGUGCGCGCCCUGGCGUCGGGCCCCAACGUCGCGGCGGCGGAGAUCUGGGCCGCGGCCUGGAGCGGCGACGGCCGGCGCUUCGCGUGCGUCGAUCUCGCGGGCCAGGUCCACGUCUUCGGCCCGGAGACGGGCGCCGCGAAGCACGCGCCGCGGGAGCAGUACCUGGCCACGGACUACGGCGAGCUCGUCUGGGACGGGCGGCUCUACGCCGUCGACGCGGCGACGCGGCUCCCGGGCCAUCUGGCGCCGGCCGCGCACGCGCGCAACGCCUUCGGCGACGCGCACGGGCGGCGCCCGCCGCUCUUCGACGGCCGCCACGUGCCCCAGCCCGCGGGCGACGACCGGGCCAAGGGCCUCGCGCGCGCGUCGCGGGCCCUGCCCCGGGGCCUGGAGGGUCCCGCGGCGGACGCCGCGGCGGCGGACGCCGGGGGCCGCGCGGCGUUCGACGCGCGACUCGCGGUCGCGAACGCGCGCGCGGACCUCUUCCACUCCGGCCCGCCCCUGGCCAAGUUCCAGGCGACGCGCCACUGGUGGCCCCGGGCGCGCGACGUGCCCGAGCGCGACGAGCCGCGCGGCCGGCUCCUGCGGUCGCGCCGCGUCGGCGGCCGCCGCCUCGGCGGCCGGCGGCGCCGCGAUGACGACGAGCCCGCGCGGACGCGGCCCCGGCGCGCGGCGGCCAUGGACGGCGCCGGCGCGGGCCGCCGGCGCUACGACGACUCGGACGACGACGAGUCCGAGGACGCGGCGCCCGUCGCGACGCGGUCGCGGCGCCGCCGCGGCGCCGCCGCCGACGUCGGGCGCCGCGCGCGGCGCCGCGUCAUCGACAUCGACGACGACGACGACGACGGCGGCGGCGGCGGCGGCGACGACGACGACGAGGAGGAGUUCGACGAGGGGCUCCUCGACGACGAGGACUCGGAGGGCUCGACCGCGCGCGCGGCGCGCGUCGCGCGCGAGGCCGACGAGGAGGAGGCCGCGGCCGAGGCCGCCGCGGCGGAGGCCGAGGCGGCGCGCGUGGACCGGAGCGUCGUCGACCGGUCCUGGGCCGAGGAGGCGGCGCGGCCGCGGCCCGAGGACCCGGGCUGGGCGACGUACGUGCCCCAGGAGCGCGACGCCGUCGUCUACGUCGCCGAGGCGCACCACCGCCAGGCGCUCCUGCUCAGCAGCGGCGUCGUCCACGGCGCCGAGGCGCCGCCCUGGCGCCGGGACGCCGCCGCGUCCGUCGCCGCGCGGCUCCUCCGCGACGGCGCGGCCGCGCUCCGCUGCGUCGUCGAGGACGUCAGGUACGAGCUGCCCGAGGCGACGUCGGCCGCGCGGGCCAUCGUCGCCGUCGUCACGCUCGCCGUGACGGGCGCGCCCGCGGCCGCGGGCUUCGGCGGCGGCGACUUCGACGACCUCGAGGCCGAGCGGCCGCGGCGCCGCGGCGCGAACGCGGCGCCGCCGCCGUCCAAGGCCUUCGUCGUCCGCUGCCGCAAGUGCGACGCGCCGGACUUCCUCGUGCCCCUCCACAAGUACGAGGCGGCGCUCGGGAGCGCUGACGCCUUCGCGGCCGGCGCGGAGCUCCACCUGCCCUACGUCGGCGACCGCGUCGAGCGGUCGCGCGGCGCCGUCGUCCGCGUCGACGGCGCGGACGGCGACGGCGAGCCCCUCUACCCCGGCGAGCCGGGCCUCGCCGCGUCCCUCUACGACCGGGUCGUCCUCGACAUCGACGGCGCCUCGGAGCCCUGCUCCCCCUGGGAGUGCGAGCCGCUCGAGGGCCCCGCGUUCCCGGGCCAGCGGCCGCUCCCGGCGCUGUCGUCGCGCGCCAAGGCGUCGCUCCUCAGCGCCAUCCGCGCCCUCAAGCGCCGCGACGACGUCCCCACGGAGGCCUUCGAGGCCCCGGCCGUCGCGGGCCUCGACAACCGCGUCCGCAAGAACUACCUCCGCGUCGUGCCGUACCCGGUCGACCUCCAGCUCCUCGUCGACCGCCUCAACGGCGACUACUACCGCUCCCUCGACGCGUUCCGCGCCGACGCCGCGCGCAUCCACGGCAACUCCGUCGCCUUCAACGGCUCGGACUUCGAGCUCACGCUCGAGGCGCGCGAGCUCAAGGACGCGCUCCUCGAGGCCGCGGACACGGCGGCGCGCGAGCUCGGCCAGGGCAACUUCGAGGACCUCCUCGCCGGCGAGGAGGACGAGGAGGACAAGGCGGAGGCGGAGGAGGAGGCCGAGGAGGCCCCGCCGCCGCGCGCCCGCGGCCGCCGCCGCGCGCCGCCGUCGAGCGACGACGAGGAGGACGAGGCGCCGCCGCCGACGAAGGCGCGGCCGAAGCGGCCCCGCCGCGGCGCCCAGGCGGCCGAGGAGGAGGACGAGGACGAGGAGGAAGACGACGACGACGACGACGACGACGACGACGAGGAGGAGGAGGACGACGACGACGACGAAUCGGACGAGUCGGACGAGUCGCCGCAGCCGCGGAAGCGGUCGCGCCCGACGCGCGCGGCGGCCGCGCCCGCGGCCGCGCCGCCGCGAUCGCGCCCGCGGCGCGCCGCCGCCGCGCCGGCGCCCGCGCCGGCGCCCGCGCGGGGCGGCCGCGCCGCGGUCGCGACGACGCCCGCGCCGACGACCCUCUGCGCGAGCGUCGCGUUCUCCAAGCGCGUCAUCAACGACCAGGCGGACUCGUCCUGGUGGGUCUUCGCGGCCGACGUCGACGGCGACGGCGACGUCGACGCGCUGUCGGCGGCCCGGAACGACGACACGGUCGCCUGGUACGAGAACGAUGGCUCCGAGUCGUUCACCGAGCGCGUCAUCACGACACUCGCGGACGGCGCCUUUUCCGUCUUUGCGAUCGACGUCGACGGCGACGGCGACGUGGACGCGCUGUCGGCGUCCGACGGAGACGACACGGUCGCGUGGUACGAGAACGACGGCUCCCAGUCGUUCACGAAGCGCGUCAUCACGGGCUCGGCGGGCGCCGCCUACUCCGUCUACGCGAUCGACGUCGACGGCGACGGCGACGUGGACGCGCUGUCCGCGGCCAAGGACGACGACACGGUCGCGUGGCACGCGAACGACGGGUCCGAGUCCUUCACGCAGCGCGUCAUCACCGCUGCGGCGGACGGCGCCGCACAGGUGAUCGCAAUCGACGUCGACGGUGAUGGCGACGUCGACGCGCUCUCGGCUUCCAACUCCGACGACACGUUCGCGUGGUACGAGAACGACGGCUCCCAAUCCUUCACCGAGCGCGUCAUCACGGACUCGGCGGACGGCGCGCUCGCCGUCUACGCGAUAGACGUCGACGUCGACGGUGACGUGGACGCGUUGGCCGCUUCCAACGUCGACGACGUGGUCGCGUGGUACGAGAACGACGGAUCGCAAUCGUUCACGCAGCGCGUCAUCGGCACACCCGACGUCCCCCGCACCGUCUUCGCGGUCGACGUCGACGGCGACGGCGACGUCGACCCGGUGUCGGCGUCUUUCACGGGCAACACGGUUUCCUGGUACGAGAACGACGGCUCCCAGUCCUUCACGGAGCGCGUGAUCGACACAGCCGCCGCCGGGCCAAAUAACGUCUUUGGGUACGACGUCGACGGCGACGGCGACGCGGACUUCCUCAUGGCCUCCAGGACAAAUUCAGAGGUCGUGUGGUACGAGAACGACUGCGCGCCGGUCACGCCCGCGCCGACGCCGCGGCCGACGGUCAGCUGCACCAGCGUCGCGUUCUCGGAGCGGGUCAUCACGACGCUCGCGGACAACGCCUUUUACGUCUUCGCGAUCGACGUCGACGGCGACGGCGACGUCGACGCGCUCUCCGCGUCCAUGAUCGACGAUACGAUCGCGUGGUACGAGAACGACGGCUCCGAGUCCUUUACAAAGCAUGUCAUCUCGAACGCGGCGGACGGCGCCUAUACCGCCUUCGCCAUCGACGUCGACGGCGACGGCGACGUGGACGCGCUGUCGGCGUCCGCCAACGACAACAAAGUCGCCUGGUACGAGAACGACGGGUCUCAGUCUUUCACCACGAUCAUCAUCACGACGGCGGCGACAACGUGCUACUCCGUCUUCGCGAUCGACGUCGACGGCGACGGCGACGUGGACGCUCUGUCGGCGUCCGACGGAGACGACACGGUCGCCUGGUACGAGAACGACGGCGCCCAGUCCUUCGUGAGGCGUGACGUCUUCGACUCGGCGGGCGGCCCCCGCGCCGUCUACGCGAUCGACGUCGACGGUGACGGCGACGUCGACCCGCUGUCGGCGACCAACACCGACGACACGAUCGCCUGGUACGAGAACGACGGCUCCCAGUCAUUCACGGAGCGCGUCAUCACAAACACGGCGGACUUUGCCUACUCCGUCUACGCGAUCGACGUCGACGGCAACGGCGACGUCGACGCGCUCUCGGCGUCCGACAUCGACGACAAGAUUGCCUGGUACGAGAACGACGGGUCUCAGUCCUUCACGGAGCGCGUCAUCACGAACGCGGCGGACGGCGCCACUUCCGUCUUCGCGAUCGACGUCGACGGCGACGGCGACGUCGACCCGCUGUCGGCGUCCUACAUGGACGACAAGCUCGCGUGGUACGAGAACGACGGCUCCCAGUCCUUCACCGAGCACGCGAUCACGAACUCGCUGGGCAACCCUCGCUCCGUCUUCGCCAUCGACGUGGACGGCGACGGCGACGUGGACGCGCUCUCGGCCUCCAACAACGACAACACGGUCGCCUGGUAUGAGAACGACUGCAGCACGCUGCAACCGACGAUGACGCCGCGGCCGACGGACUACUACUUCGAGGGCACGCUGCGGGCGUACUACUCCUUCGACGAGGGCAACGCCACCGACGCGACCGGGUCGUACAGCGGCGAGACCUACAACGAGUACGGGAACGCGCGGAACUUCGGCCCGACGGAGAGCCGCGACGGCGGGGACGCGCUCGGCUUCGACGGCGAAGUCUACGCAGUCUUGCCCGACGCUCUGACGUAUGAGGCGCUGACCGGGGAUGAGGAGCGGACGAUCUGCCUCUGGGCGCGCAUCGACGACUGGGACGGCGGCUUUCUCUUCGAGUACGGGAGCGACUCGGCCGACGGAGCGUCGUUCGGGCUCGCCGUUGGAGACGCUGAAAGCAACGUGACGCUCGCUUUGUCCGGUUCGUACCAGACGGUCGUGACGAUCUACGGCAACACGUCCUACAUCGACUGGGACGACUGGCACCACUACUGCCUGACCUACGACGGCACGGACCUCGUCCUCUACUUCGACGGCCUCGCCGAGGCGACCGCCGCGGUGUCUCUCGACACGGAGACCAUGUACGGGCUGAAAGUGGGCGCCGACAUGUACGAGUCGAACAAGCUGACGGGCGCCAUCGACGAGCUCUACGUCUACACGAGCGCCCUGGACCGGGAGGCCAUCUCCGUGCUCUACGGGUCGGUGACGGCGUCCCCGACGGUGACUCCCGCCCCGUCGACGUACUACUUCGAGGGCACGCUGCGGGCGUACUACUCCUUCGAUGAGGGCAAUGCGACAGAUGCGACCGGCGCAUACAGCGGCGACACCUACAAGAACGGGCACGCGCGGAACCUCGGCCCGACGGAAAGCCGCGACGGCGGGGACGCGCUCGGCUUCGACGGCGAAGUCUACGCAGUCUUGCCCGACGCUCUGACGUAUGAGGCGCUGACCGGGGAUGAGGAGCGGACGAUCUGCCUCUGGGCGCGCAUCGACGACUGGGACGGCGGCUUUCUCUUCGAGUACGGGAGCGACUCGGCCGACGGAGCGUCGUUCGGGCUCGCUGUUGGAGACGCUGAAAGCAACGUGACGCUCGCUCUGUCCGGUUCGUACCAGACGGUCGUGACGAUCUACGGCAACACGUCCUACAUCGACUGGGGCGACUGGCACCACUACUGCCUGACCUACGACGGCACGGACAUCGUCCUCUACUUCGACGGCCUCGCCGAGGCGACCGCCCCGGCGUCUCUCGACACGGAGACCAUGUACGGGCUUCGAGUGGGCGCCGACAUGUACGAGUCGAACAAGCUGACGGGCGCCAUCGACGAGCUCUACGUCUACACGAGCGCCCUGGACCGGGAGGCCAUCUCCGUGCUCUACGGGUCGGUGACGGCGUCCCCGACGGAGGUCCUCGAGCCCCGGCUCACGGCCGGCGAGAUCGCCCAGCUCCAGGCGAGCAUCCGCGCCUCGGCGGCGCGCGCCGAGCCGACGCCGGCCCGCGCGUCGCGCGCCGCCAAGGUCGCCGCGGCCGCGCGGCGCCUGAAGGCCGCCGCCGCCGCGACGGCCGACUCCUUCGUCGCCGCGGUCGUCUCGCGCGCGGCGCCGGCGCAGAACGACGAGGCCGACGCCCCCGACGCGACGCCCCGGCCGAGGCGGCGGUCGUCGCUGUCGCGCGCCGUCGCGUCGCUCCAGCGACGCCUCGCCGCCGCGACGCCGCGCGCGCGGGCCCGCGAGGCGAAGCGGCUCCACAAGUCCAUCAUCGCCGCCGUCGCGAGCCAGCUGAUGGCCCGGGCGAAGACCGCGGCCUGGCCCGGCCGCAUCGCCGCGGCGCGCGCCCAGAAGAAGCCCGCCUUCGACGACGUCUCGCCGACGCGCCUCGAGCUGCUCGUCGACGAGGAGAUCCAGAGCCGAUCCUGCUAG